GUGUCACAAGUUAGAGGCGUUUCUAAAGUGUCUAGACUCUAGGCUAGUGGAUUGGAAUCUUACAAUAUAUAAAAAACAGAGUAAACUAGAUGUUAGAACUAAAUUUAAUACGGAAUACCAGUAAGCAGACUACUAAAUACGUCAUACUUUUCACAUAAUGUAAAGGAUGUAAUUUAAACAGUCAAUAGAAUGUGGGUGCUACUAUUAGUGCUGCGCUACUAGUGGUACUGUAUUGGGGAAAGUGGUUUUUUUUCUUUUUCUUUUUAAAUGUACUAGUUGCAUAAGUAACGGGUCGGAUUACCCAAGCCAGAUGUUAAUAUUUAAAUAGCCCACUGUAUGCCAGCGUUAAAUAUUAACUUUGCAAAAGGUAGGUUUGGAUUUUGACCAAAACGAAAAAAAGGGGAAAGCUGCAGUAGCAGUUUGCUAGAAGGAUAAAGGUUGAAGAAAAUCUGCAUUUAAAAAAGCGAGAUCAUUUCUAAAGAAAAUGUUCUUUCUUGGGCGCCUUCUUUCUGGGGGUGCGUGCAAGAGGAGUGUGAGUUUGCUCAGUACGCGUAUCGCUACUCCCGAGGUGAAUAGUGUGAAGAGACACAGUUCGGGUCCCGGCCAGAGGAUGGAUAUUCGAGGCAUCUACCCUCCCAUCGCGACGCCGUUCACUCAAAAGGAACUGGUGGAUUAUCAUAAACUGGAAGAAAACUUGAACAAAUACUCUAAGAUACCUUUCCGAGGGUUCGUUGUUCAAGGUUCAAAUGGGGAGUAUGCCUACCUGACGAGCGAGGAGCGAGUGGAGGUGGUGAGGAGAGUCCGACAGGCUGUCCCCAAGGACAAGCUGGUGAUCGCUGGCUCCGGCUGCGAGUCCUCCAUGGCCACAGUGCAGAUGAGUGACCAGAUGGCACAGGCUGGCGCCGACGCAGUACUUGUCGUUACUCCAUGUUUCUACAGAGGAAGGAUGGACAGCCGAGCACUCAUUCACCAUUACACACAGGUUGCAGAUGCUUGUCCGGUACCAGUGAUCCUCUAUAACGUUCCCGGGAACACAGGUCUGGAUCUGCCAGUGGAGGCGGCCGUCACUCUCUCACAGCACCCCAAUAUUGUGGGGCUCAAAGACAGUGGCGGGGAUAUUACUAGGAUCGCUCUGAUAAUUCACAAAACCCAAAAUCAAGAUUUCCAGGUGCUGGCUGGAUCUGCUGGCUUUCUACUGGCUGCCUAUUCUGUGGGUGCGGUCGGUGGUAUUUGUGCCCUGGCAAAUAUCCUUGGACAGCAAGUCUGCCAACUAGAGCAACUCUGUGUUUCAGGCCAGUGGGAAAAAGCAAAGGCUCUACAGUGGAGGCUCAUCGAACCCAACGCAGCAGUAACGCGCAAGUUUGGGAUUGCAGCCCUGAAGCAGACGAUGGACUGGUUUGGGUAUCAUGGUGGUAACUGUCGUUCCCCCCUCUGCCCACUUACUGAGUCUGAGACCAAGCAGCUACGGAGUGACUUCACCUCCAAUGGCUGGCUUUGAACACCAAGGGAUCCAGCCUGAGGAAACUCGUGCACAAAUGGUCUCACUCCUGUAUUUCAGGAACCUCAUUCUUUCUAUAGCUAAAUCUUCCCCAAUCACCCUUCCCUUAUAGUGUCCCAGUUUUUGUAUUUUAAUCACUAAACUAUUUUAUGUAUUGGCGCUUUCCCGUGCAUUUCUGAAUUUAGAUGUGUUAUUAUAUAUAAGGUAACCUAUUGUGUUUUUAAUUGAGAAAAGGGUCCUGCGUGUGUCCAGAUUUGAUCGAACUAUUAAGGAUGGGGAUGUUGAAUAUUAGAGGCAAUUUGCUUUAACUCUGUGUUGAUGACAGAUACCGCAUGCCACGUAAUGUCAAGAUGUGCGAUUCGACACUAAUUUCUAGUCUAAUAGAAUAUUCAUAUCUGUCAUUCUUACCCCUCUAUACUUGUAGUGUGCAGUUCUGUAAAAUAAGUGCAAUUACGAUAAUUGUAAUAAAUCAUUUCCAGACAUA